CGCAGUUGACACAGGUAGAAGCGACGCCUGACUUAGUUCCCAAAAUGGCUGUCCAAGCCAGGUCACGGAGCGUUCAUUUCCUGGUUUUGUUAUCUGUUUUAACUUCAUCAUUUUUGCAAACUAGGGGAUUGGGUAAGUUGAACAACUUUGCAGAAUCUAUUGGUGUACGUUAGCAUGAAGUUCUGUUAGAAGAUUUUAUCGUUAAACGUAAUUUUAAUCCUUUUUUCAAUGUCAACAAAUAGGCUUGUUUAGUUAGCGAGACAGCACAGAUGCAGGCCGACUACUGACGUAAAUGCUGUAAAAAAAAUAUUUAUAUAAACUAAGCCAAUACAAAUGUAAAGAUAUUUACUAUUAUUUAUAUAAUGAAAGAACAAUAGAAAUCCGUAAAUGAUAUUUAUGAACACCAAUAUUAAUAUAGAUAUAACCUGUGGAAAUGAUUAGUAUUUUCAAUGUUUUAUCAUUUCCUAGAGUCAAACAACCGUUGCCUUUCAUUUACUGAAGUUCCAUUCUCGAUCAAUCCAUUCAAUGAUCAUUACAUUCAUGAUCUAUGCUACAUUGUUAUUGUUAAUUCAAUCAUGUGCUCUAUUUCUAUACAUUUUAUUAAGUUUAGUUCAUAUUGAAUUAUGAAAAUACCCAACUAAUAUCCCUCCCCCCCCCAAAUAGCAAUAUGAAUGUGCUGUGAUUAUAUGACACCUACACAGUUUUAACUCCACCCCCCACCCCCCAACUGUGACCAAUGUUCCCUCUAAGGUUUGCUGGUUCGUGUGCAAAAUCAUAAAGUUAUGUGCAAAGUUUUACAGCAUCAAUUUUGUUGUGUGCACAAUUGUACAGUCCACAAACAGAAACACACAUGAAACUUUUAUGCGCGGAUACUCAAACUGCUGCGCGGCGUCUGUGAGAUAGAUGCGCAGGCACGCAGCUUAAAGGGAACAUUGACUGUGACCUAACAGAAUUGUGCUGUGAUUAUGUGACUACCUACACAGUCUAAAUUCCACCCCUCCCCACUCUUAACUGACAGAAAUGUGCUGAGAUUAUAUGACUACCUACACAGCCGAGAUGUUCAUAAUGUCCCAAGUUUUACAAAUUACAUUUGACAUAACGUGUAUUAGCCAAAUAUUAAUUAUAUGACGUCAAAUGUCACUGGUUAGUGACGUCAUUUACUGAUACAGUUUGCAUCAAAAUAAGACGAAUUCAGUCUUGAAUGUCAAUCAGAUACGUACCAAGUGGGAUAAUACCCUUAGACCAGUGCUGUCCAACCAUUUAGGCAGUUGCAAGAUGGCCUAAAAUAAGAAUGAGAUUUUAAAUUAAAAUACGCUGAAAAUUAUGUUCACCCUUGCUUGCGCCAUUGCCCCCAUCGUGGCCUUUUUUAAAAAUGACAAUCAUUUUGAUUGAUUGGAGCAAAUUUCUGUGACUUUUACAAAAUAAUCAACAGCUUGGUAAGUUAAUCGGUGUUUCAUUAAGGUUAUGCUCAUUAUAAACUCGGCGGUUGUCCUUCUCCAGAGUCCUAAUGUCACGGCACAGCAGUUGCAGAGCUCUGGUUCCAGAUAUCAUCUUUUAAUGUUAUGGAAUGAUUUUUUAUUUUAAUUUUCUGCUUGUAGGGCCGUCGAGUGGGCCCCGGACAGUUUAGGGCAGUGUGCCCCGAACAGUUUAGGGCAGUGGGCGCCGGACAUUUUAGAAAAGUUGUGAUGUGGAUCAUCAUCAUUAUUAUUUUAAUAUCAACUUUGAAUGCAACACAAAAAAAAGGGGUUGGGGGGAUGCAAAACCGAAAAAUUGGCACGGUCAAGGUGCCUUGGAAAGUCAACCGCUCUGCUGCUUAUUUGUUUUAAUAAUAAUUGCAUGUUACACUUCAAACUAUUUGUAUGUUAAAGACGUAAUAUAUUAUAAAUAUUAUUUCUUGACAUUUUACAGAGCAAUUUUACGGAUCAUGCGGCUCAACAUACGACUUGAUGCAAACAAACACACAGUCAGCCAUUUUGAAAGUGGCCAUGCCGGCAAGCAUGAAAGAAUAUCAAGACCCCACCAGAAAUAUACAAUGUGAUAUAAUCAUCACAUUUACAUAUGGUAUGAACUUGCUCAUAGAGCUCUACUACUUGGACAUUAUUCCACUGAGCAGCGACCGGAAGUCAUGUAUCACAGGGCUGGAGAUAUUCGACCAGCAAGGCAGAAAAUAUUAUGGUAAGCAUAUAUACCUUUUGACUUAUGUAGUGGAAAUCAUAAGAUGUGGGUUGUAACCAUAGUCCUGGAAAUAUCCAAUUUCUGAUUUCAAUGCGCAGUAUGUAAAUGUCUUGGUAUUCCCCACUGUCAGGCUGUCCCCGACCAUUAGUCUGUCAUGUUCCAUUAGUCUGUCCCGCCAUCAUUCUGUCAUUACCAGCAGUCUGUCACCAUCAGUUUGUCAUCACCGUCAGGCUGUCCCUACCAUCAGGAAGUCCCAAAUGGGAUCAUCAUCUCCCUUUGAUCAAUCUCACCCCUCCAAAUACUUCCAUCCCAACCUCUUACUCAUUUUGUAUUUAACUUCCUUUUAUUGAAGAAUGGAACCAAUAAAUUUUGAAUAUUAAUAUUACCCUUACAUUUGUAAAAGGUUAACUUAUUCCGUUUCUAUUUAUAAUUCAGGAAGUCGACUUUGCAUGGAGGCCUGGGAGUGGGAGGAGCAACAUCAACAGAUGAAACAACCAAAGCUUGUGGUUGAAAGUUCACCACUCACAUUCCGCUUGAUCAGCGGGGGUCCCUACAAGGGAGAAGGUUUCAGGAUUCACAUCAACCAGUUUAGGCCCUAUUGUAAGUUGUCAUAGGCAUUGUUUGUCUUAUUUUUAUGCACACCUAGUAAGGCAAGAUGGUUUUCUAGUGCAGAGUAUAGCAUUUAUUUAAUUUAUUAUGAAACAAAAUACAUUUCCAGCAUCUACUGGAAGUAAUCAAUAUUGGAAAACAACAUGUAAUAUGUUGGCACUGUCAUUGCACAAUUCAGUCAGUUCCUUUAUUUUUACCCAACAAAAAUUAAUUAAAAAGUUGUAUUUCAUGGAAGCCUCCUUGCAUCCUAAUUCAGGGCCUUGCUAUACAAGAGAGUUCCGCUGUGAACAAGUUCAGCGAUGUGUCCAUGAUGACCUAACUUGUGACGGAUGGGAUGAUUGUGGUGACAACUCUGAUGAAAUGGAAGAUGCUGGCUGUCACCUGUUGACGGCGUCGGAAAUCUGUGGCAUUAUUAUUGGUAUACUUCUGCUGCUCGGCACAGUUGUUGGAACUGUUCUGUUUUUCUGGACUUACCACAGACUUAGUCAAGAAUAUGGAAUGGUAAGAAAUAUCUUUAUCUCUAAGAAAAAAAGUUUAAUAUUUUUCUGAAAUGGAAUAUUUAGUUGAAUAACUGUUGACUAGUAUUUUCCUCAUCAUCAAUUUUUGAGUAUGUUUAAAGAUUAAAAAAAAUUAUGGCUUUUUUUUUACAAAUGCCAUGAUAUUUUUUAAUUUUUUUUAACCCUCGAAAAUUCUGUUUUAUAUUUAUGUGUUUAUUGUUUUAUUUCUAAAAUUGAUUACUUUGCAGUGUGCACACAAUGUUAGUUUGAACUUCUUUAACAUUUCAUAAUAAUUUUAAAAAUGUUGUUAAAACUUUUUCAUGAAAUCUCAGUUUCAAAGAUCAAACAUAAAAUAUAGCUACAUGGCUGUGUACUAAAAAUGCUUAGAUUGAUCUAUGUACUAAAAAUGCUUAGAUUGAACUGUGUUCUAACAAUACUUAGAUGAAACUGUGCACUGGCUCAAAGGUAAUUUAAAGGAUUUUAUUAUUUUAAUAACUAUUUUAUAUCCUUGAAAAAAUAUUGACUUUAAAUAAAUGAUUGUUUUCUUGUGUAACAGAGAUCAGAGUCCAAAGUUCCCAUUUCUAUGGAUGAAACAAAGUCCAGCAUAGAUAUUAAUUUUUCAUACCCACGGAGAUACAACUCAAAGGAAUCUCUGGGUGUAAUUUCUCGCUCAACUGCACCUACCUUGAGGAACAAACAGUAUUCAGAGAACUCUCUGGACAAGGCAGAUCUGGAAAAAGCUGAUGGGUGAGUGAUUGGUUUAAGCAAGAUAGCUUUUUAAAUAUGAGAUUAAAAAUAUAAGGUAGUGAAAUGUUAAAUAUUAGACAGUGAUUUGUAAACUAUAAGAUAGGCAAAAAGGAAAUUAAAUAUUCGAAGAGUAAGAGGUCAAAUUUUAUUAAGUUAAAUAUUAUGAUGGUGAGGAGCUUGGUGAUUAGUUAUCAAUGGGGAAUGACCGAAGGACAGUUAUGUAAUAGUAAUAGUAGUUCAUUAUCCAUGUCAAUCAUCAUAGUCAAAAGAGGAGGAAAAGGUGAGAGCAAUUGCACAACAUGUAUCUUUUGGUUUUUAAAAAAUUUUAUAUUUUAUUUUUUCAAAAUUUUCUUCCAAGUUGUAAAAGAAAUUUCAUUUGAAAUUUAUAUAAAAUAUUUCAUGGGUCGUUAAUACUAUCAGGUCCACACUAAGCCUGAUUUUUUUUUGCAGACUUUGCAGAGACAAAUUUAAAUUGACAAGUUUGAUUUUAUAAAUAAUUGCUUUAGUGUGGCUAAUUAUUAUAUUAUGACCCAUGGACUGUUCAUUUAUUAAUUAAAUAUAUGUUUCUCUGCUUUCAAUUUUAUCACAGCCUUUUACUUGGUUCCAGAGUUUUCAACAAGGCAUCUGACAACGCCUCUGAACGAUCCUAUCGCUCCAAUCCAAAAAGGACUCAGGCACUGACACAAAGCAGUGAUGAACCAGAGCCAAUAAAAAAAUCUGGCCAAUAUUCUUACAGGAAGGGACGUAAUUCUUCACAGACAAGUUUGAACCGUGAUAAAGGGAACCCACCAGUUAACGGUGUGGAUAAUGAUGGAAUGGGAAGCAAUCGUGGCAGUCAAGAAAAAGAUAGACUAGGAAGUAGGGAGAGGGAUAGGAGAUCGCCUGACAGAGACAGGAUUUAUGACAGUGAUGAGGAGAGGCGGUACAGGAGGAGGAGCCGGGACAGGAGCAGGGACAGAAGCAGGGACAGAUACUACAGUGAUGAGGACAGUGAUUAUGAAAGAGACAGAGACCGCCGAAGAAGAAGGAGGAGCUAUGACAGAUACAGCGAUGAGGACAGCGAUUAUGAGUAUGAGAGAGAGAGAAGACGAAGGAGCAGAGAUCGAUACCGUGACAGGUAUGAUAGAGAUGACAGCGAUGUAGAUCGGCCGUCUCGUGUUCAUGACAAUAAAGUUGCUGGCGAGGAUGAUCUGCCACCACGACGACGUGACAGUCGUGAACGAGACCGUUAUAGAGACCGUGAUUAUGAUGGCAGAAGAAGUCCAAAUGAUGAUGAUGAUGACAGGCCUCGUCGACGAAGUAGAAGGAGUUACAGUGGUGACAGAAAGCGAGACUCCUAUAGAGAUUCAUACGACGAUGAUGAUAGACGUCGAAGAAGUCCAGACCGCAGACGAAAUGAUGCACUUCCACCUCUUGGUCCUGACAGAAGAACAAAGAGCAGAGAAAGUCUUGAGAAACAUGAGGAUGAGCCUUUGCCACCCCCUCCAACAGGGGAGGAGAUUCGGCGCAUGGAGUUGGCCAAGCAGCUUGCAGAAGAAGCAAAACCUUAUGUUCCGCCACCAAAGGAAAAAUGGGAACCGUUACCCAAACCAAAACCUCUAGAGCCGUCUGCCCCUGCUGUGUCAUCUGUCACUGAACCUAUCAGGUCACCGUACGAUCCUCAUAAACAAAGGAAUGAUGCUUCUAAAUCCCAAUAUGAACCUGCUAAGCCACAAAAUGAGCCCACUAGACAAAGGAAUGAUGCGCCUAAAUCGCAAUACGAACCCACUAGGCCACAUAACGAUAUCCAAGGGGAUCCUCCUAAACAAAAAUAUGUGCCACCUAAAUCCCAGUAUGAGCCACCUAAAUCCCAAUAUGAGCCACCUAAAUCCCAGUAUGAGCCACCUAAAUCCCAGUAUGAGCCACCUAAAUCCCAGUAUGAGCCAGCUAAGCCACAGGCAGAACCACCAAAAUCUAAGUGGGAGCCACCAUCUAAGAAUAGAGAAUCUGCUAAACCGGCUGAGCAGCAAAAAGCUGAGCCUGUAGAUGAUACCACCAGGAGGCGCAGCACCAAUGACCGCAGGGAGAGAUAUUCCAAAAACCGCUGGACGCCCAAGAGCAGGCAUGAAGAUUCCCCUCCUCCAGUUUAUGAGGAUGUGGCUCCAGCUACAGCUUUUGUUAAAAUUGGAUACAAGGAGGAAUCUGUAUAAACAAUGUUAGCUGGGACUAGCCUUUAAUUUAAUUGCUUGUUUUAUAGUGUUGUAUGUUGAAGAUAAGAUAUUGAUUUUUCAAACACAAAUUUUUUGUAUAUUAUUAAUAUCUUUGUAUUAUUUGCUAAAGUGACCUCAUGUUUUUCGACAUACUAAUAAUUUAAUGUCAUUUUUGUAUCUAGCAGACCUCUUCAACCAAUGAGGUAAUAUUAGAUUCUUCCAAAAUCGAAUAAAAAUGAAGUAACGGCAGCAGAUGGAAAGCAUAGUUUACUUUAUUUCAGCAGAGCCUUUUUUAAUACCACACAAUAAUAAUUGCCAUGAUUUAAUUCAACCAUAUUUUUAUUUAGUCCACUGUUUCUUUUUUCAGAAUGCCUUUAAAGUUUCACUGUAUAUAUUUCCUUACCUAUUUUAUUGUAUAAAUAACAAAAGCACUUAACAUGUUAAUUUACUGAAGAUAUGCUCAAGAAAAUAAUAAUCCAACAGCUGUUAAAAUGUUUUGUAAUGGUUUAUUUUUUAUAUGUUUACUUAUUUGACGUUUGCACUCUCAAUAGGGCUGUUCCAAUCAUGGCUGGACCAAUAGCUUUCGAUUUUUAAAUAUUGUUUUGAUGAUUGCCGGCAGACACACUCCUGAUUUCAUCAGAUUAAAUUUGCAAUAAAAUAAUAAAUAAAUCGAAAAGCAAAAUUAUGGAAACAAUUCGCCAAGAUUUUUUCCUUUGUCAUGGAGAUUUAAUUGGCCAGAUGGGUUUAAUGAGAAAAAACGUUCUUAUUUUAAGGUUUAAUUUAGCUCUUGUAAAUAUUUAUUUAAAUCACAUCUCUUGGUGUAAAACUGUUGUACAAAUUUUGAUCCUAAUUUUUUUUACAAGUGCUUUCCUUUCUUUGCUAUUUUUUGUUGUUUUUAUUUGUAGGUAAUGCC